AUGGACAGCCCCAUUGAGCUCCCAGAUGGGCGUCUAGCCUGUGGACGUCACGGCUUGCCCGUUUGCGGGUCCUGCUGCGUCGAUUACACCUUCAUGGAUGAUGAGCUCCCAGACUCGGCCGGAGAACUUAACAUGCUUUCUAACCAAGGAGGCUCUGUGGUACACGAUCACGAUCGCCCGGGUCCGGGGUACUUUCGCCGGAUUGACCCGAGGACGCGCCUACCCGUCCAAAUUUGUCCCGCCAUCAGCAGAGCUCUGCCUGGCGAACUAUCCACAGCCGGCCUGGGCAGACGGGCAAGCCCUCAUGUUUAUCGCUUCAUCCGCCGCAAUAAUCUAGACGAAUUCCUAAUCUUCGCUGAUGGUGUCUGUCUCGAAAAUGGUGGAUCCAACCCAAGAGCAGGCUGGGCCAUUUACUUCAAACCAGUAACCGACCGCGAUUCAGGCAUAGUUUCCGGACGUCUUGGGAAGUUCGGCCCCUGGGGCGACUACCACGAGCAGACGAACAACCGUGCUGAGCUCCGAGCCGUCCUGGCCGCCCUACGUUUCCGUUACUGGCCGGGCGAAGGUUUCACCAAGUUAGUCAUUGCCACCGACUCAGAGUACGUCGUCAAAGGCGCCACCGAAUGGGUGUCGGGAUGGUUAUGGAACGGAUGGAGGACCAGCAACCGAGGGGCUGUGAAGAACAGGGAUCUUUGGGAGGCACUACUUGGGGAAUUCGAGCGGCUUGGGGAGCUCGGUUUAAAGGUUGAGUUUUGA